CCGAGAGCCCCGAGCGCCCGGGCGGCGCGCCGCGCCCCGCCUCCCGCGGCCGGCGGCGGACGAGCUCGCGGCCCGGCCGCCCCCAGCCCCGGCCCCGCCGGCCCCGCCUCCCGCCGAGUGCAUGAGGUUGACGCUACUUUGUUGCACCUGGAGGGAAGAACGUAUGGGAGAGGAAGGAAGUGAGCUGCCCGUCUGUGCAAGCUGCGGCCAGAGGAUUUAUGACGGCCAGUACCUCCAAGCCUUGAACUCCGACUGGCACUCAGACUGCUUCAGGUGCAGCGAGUGUGGCGCUGCGCUAUCACACCAGUACUACGAAAAGGAUGGGCGGCUCUUCUGCAAGAAGGACUACUGGGCCCGCUAUGGCGAGUCGUGCCACGGCUGCUCAGAGCACAUCACCAAGGGGCUGGUCAUGGUGGCCGGGGAGCUCAAGUACCACCCUGAGUGCUUCAUCUGCCUCGCCUGCGGGGCUUUCAUCGGGGAUGGGGACACUUACACGCUGGUGGAACACUCCAAGCUGUACUGUGGACACUGCUACUAUCAGACCGUGGUGACCCCUGUCAUCGAGCACAUCCUGCCCGACUCCCCCGGCUCCCACCUGCCCCACACGGUCACUCUGGUAUCCAUCCCCGCCUCUGCCCAUGGCAAACGAGGCCUGUCCGUCUCCAUCGACCCCCCUCAUGGACCUCCAGGCUGCAGCUCAGAGCAUUCCCGCACUGUUCGUGUGCAGGGCGUGGACCCAGGCUGCAUGAGCCCAGACGUGAAGAAUUCCAUCCAUGUGGGAGACAGGAUCCUGGAAAUCAACGGCACACCCAUAAGGAACGUGCCACUGGAUGAGAUUGACCUGCUGAUCCAGGAAACCAGCCGCCUGCUCCAGCUGACUCUGGAACACGACCCUCAUGAUACACUGGGCCAUGGGCCAGGGUCUGAGCCCAGCCCCCUGGGCUCCCCAUUGUACACCCCCAACCAGGAAGCUGGAGGUUCUGCCCGGCAGAAACCUGUGCUGAGAAGCUGCAGCAUCGACACAUCCCCCGGUGCGGGCUCUCUGGCUUCGCCGGCCUCCCAGCGCAAGGACCUGGGUCGCUCAGAGUCCCUCCGUGUGGUCUGCCGGCCGCACCGCAUCUUCCGGCCCUCUGACCUCAUCCAUGGUGAGGUGCUGGGCAAGGGCUGCUUCGGCCAGGCCAUCAAGGUGACUCACCGGGAGACAGGGGAGGUGAUGGUGAUGAAGGAGCUGAUCCGCUUUGAUGAGGAGACGCAGAGGACGUUCCUCAAGGAGGUGAAGGUCAUGCGGUGCCUAGAGCACCCCAACGUUCUCAAGUUCAUUGGGGUGCUGUACAAGGACAAGAGGCUGAACUUCAUCACCGAGUACAUCAAAGGGGGCACCCUGCGGAGCAUCAUCAAGAGCAUGGACAGCCAGUAUCCGUGGAGCCAGAGGGUGAGCUUUGCCAAGGACAUCGCUGCAGGAAUGGCCUACCUCCACUCCAUGAACAUUAUCCACCGGGACCUCAACUCGCACAACUGCCUCGUUCGAGAGAACAAGAACGUGGUGGUGGCCGACUUCGGGCUGGCUCGCCUCAUGGUUGAUGAGAAACCACAGCCUGAAGACCUGCGCAGCCUCAAGAAGCCAGACCGCAAAAAGCGCUACACGGUGGUGGGCAACCCAUACUGGAUGGCACCAGAGAUGAUCAAUGGCCGCAGCUAUGAUGAGAAGGUGGACGUGUUUUCCUUUGGAAUUGUCCUGUGUGAGAUCAUCGGGCGGGUGAACGCAGACCCUGACUACCUGCCACGCACCAUGGACUUUGGCCUCAACGUGCGGGGCUUUCUGGACCGUUACUGCCCCCCCAGCUGCCCCCCCAGCUUCUUCCCCAUCGCUGUGCACUGCUGCGACCUGGAUCCUGAGAAGAGGCCCUCCUUCAUGAAGCUGCAGCAGUGGCUGGAGUCGCUCCGCAUGCACGUGGCCGGCCACCUGCCACUGGGCCCACAGCUGGAGCAGCUGGAGAGGGGCUUCUGGGAGACGUACCGGCGAGGCGAGAGCGGCCUGCCUGCCCACCCCGAGGUCCCCGACUGAGCCCAGCCAGACGCCGCCCCAACCCCACCCCAGCACCCACCCACACCAGACUCCCACUCCGUCACCAGGCACAGGGCAGCAGCACUCAACCUGUCUCCAGAGCCAAGCCUGGCACAGCAGCGCCCCCUGCAGACCGUGCCCCUGCCCUCUCUGCCCAGGCCCCAGGGCUGUGCACACCCCACCUUGCCCUACCUUACCUCUGCCUCGGUGGGGCCACCCCUCACCUCUCCUUGCAUGAGCUGGGGCCCAGGGAGUUUUGCUCUUGACGCCCACCUGCCACCCACACACAUCUGCCCGCGGUGCCUCUGAGCCCGGCUGGGCUGAGAGGGGCCAGACAGUGUGCCCAGCACCACAGGGGCCGUCCCAGGACCUGAUGCUCCCCCCCCCCACCCCUGGGGUGUCAGUGUAGAAGCAGAUCAUGAUAAAACGCAAAUCUCAGAGAGAGAGAGAAAGGCCCUGGUGCAGGCCUGGCUGCGGCCCCUCCCCCUGCUUUGGGCCUUUUUUUUUUUUUUUCUUUAAAUCAAAGCCACUUUAGUAAGAAGGUACCAGGCCUCAGGGUGAAGAGGGUCCCUGAGGAGGAGGGAAGCCAGGGGGGCCAUGGCUGAGGUUCCUCUCCCAUCCCAUCCUGUUCCCCAAAGCUGCAGCCGCCCCGCCCCUCCCCUGGCAUCCCCCGUCCUCUGGGUUCUUUCUGUGUAAUCUAUUUUUUAAGGAGAGUUUGUAUUAUUUUUUCAUAAGGCUGGAGCAGCAGCUGCUGGGGGCUUGGGGUUUUCUUUCCUUGGCGGGUGGGGGUGGGAGGGCCAUUUUGUCACCUUGCCUCAGUUCAGAUCGGGGACAUUAAAACUGUGAAGCUCUCUCAGUGCACUUUGAACUUGGAAAAGAAUCUGAGCAGGCUAAGAGGGGCGGGACAUGCUCCCCCUGCCCAGAAACCAUGCAGGCACUCGGAACAAUAAAGUCUGUGCCCCCCAGGC